GCCUCUGUUUCGCUUGGAUAACCUUCCAAAUUAUUGCGCACAAAAAAAAAAAAUCAUAAAAAAUAAAUAAAUAACAAAACAAAGAAUAUUGUUCUCGCUCGCAAGAGAAGAGAGGAGGAGGAAGAUCGGGCGAGGGGGAGAGAGAGCUGGGUGAUUGUAACAGUCAAGGUCAGUUCUUUCCCUGUGUUAUUUUCAACAGAAGAAAUUAGUGGCUUGAUAUGUCCUUGGGGCUUUAUCAUUCGUCAAUAUGAGAAUGUUGCCUGUUUGCUCAGCCACCCCAAGCUAUUCAUUGUCUUCCCAGAUUCCAUUGUAUGGGGGAUCUGUGUGUCCAUUGCAGAAGGAUUUUGAAGGUCGAUGCACUGUGGAUGAUGUACAUCUGGGUUUGCAAAAUGGAACCCACUCCCUGAGGAAUCCAUAUAUUGCACAAGCUACAAAGUCUAUCUACUCUAGCAUUGCUAAUAGUGCCGAACAAUCGGUGUAUGUGGAGUUCCCUGGCAGAUUUUCCUGUCCAAAUGAAUCAGGACAACUUGAGUGCAAAUUUACGAACACAUGGAAUUAUUCACCAGUGACUGCAAGUGGACACCAUUCUCUGACUAGUGGAGAGCUUAUAUAUGUUGAAAAUUAUGAUUCAUCAUCCGUCCAAGAGAGAUUGAUGGAAAUAACUGAACAGUCAACUGAAGGAUCAGAAACUUUAUUAAGUACUGACAUUGUGUCAGAGAAGCUCAUACCUAUGCCUGAAUCAAUUAUAGUGGACAAUGAAUCAUUAGGCAGCACAAAAGCAAGUAUUGGUGAUAUUUUUUCUGGAAUUAGCAAGUCAUUUAAUGCAUCAAUUGAUGAGGGACAAAAUGCUUUACAAAGUUCACUUGAUACGGGCACUUCUUUGAUGAGAUCUAUCAUGGAGAAUGCUACUAAGUCUGUAGACAAUGCUUUUGGUGAAGCCUUUUCUUCUGUCAAUCAAACAGGAGAAUUAACUAAUAAGAAAUUGAGUAGCUUUUCAAGUGAUCUAAGUGGAAUCACAAGCAAAGUACCUGCUUUUGCUAUUGACGUGUUGCGAAGCACAAUCAUAGUAGUGGAGAGUUCGUUAAUAAAUGGGGCUUCCUAUGUUGUCUACCUAUAUGGUUCAGCCAAGGAGCUUCUUCCUGUAGGAAUCAGGGAUGCAGUAAAUGCAUACGAAUCUAAAGCUUCUCAAAUAUUGAGGCCAAUUGGGUCUGCAUCUCAAGAGAUAUUCACAACAAUUCAUUCAUUGGAGAAGAGUCUUGGCUUGGAUCCAGAUGAUCCAGUUGUUCCAUUUGUUGUUUUUGUGGGAUCUUCAGCCACAAUAUGGGCUGUCUAUCGGUUGUGGGCAUAUGGAGGUUACUCUGGAGAUUUAUCUCCUAAAUCAGCUUUGGAUCUCUUGUCUGGGAAUGAAAAUGCUGCACUUAUAGACAUUCGAAAUGAGGAUCUGAGAGAAAAAGAUGGCAUUCCUGAUCUUCGACGGGCAGCACGGUUUCGCUAUGCGAGUGUAACUCCACUAGAGGUCGAUAGUUCUACUAGGAAGUUGUUCAAGAGUGAAAGAGACCUUAAUGACUCCAUGAUCGCUGUUGUUAUUCAAAAUUUGAAGAUUGUAAAGGACAGUUCCAAGGUUAUAGUCAUGGAUGCUGAUGGUAGUCAUUCUAAAGGCAUUGCAAGAUCCUUGAGGAAAAUAGGGGUCAAGACUCCAUACUUGGUUCAAGGUGGUUUUCAGUCUUGGGUGAAACAAGGCCUCCGCGUCAAGGAACUCAAACCUGAGUCAACGCUUACCUUACUCAAUGAGGAAGCUGAAGCAAUUCUAGAGGAACUUAGCCCUUCUCCUUUGCAACUUUUAGGAUAUGGUGUGGCUGUUAUUGCAGGCUUGUACGCAUUAUUAGAGUGGGAGAAGACAUUACAGUUAAUUGGUGUUUUUGGCCUCAGCCUGACAAUCUAUCAGAGAGUGACCUCAUAUGAAGAUUCUGAAGAUCUUAAGCAAGAUGUCAGGUUGUUGCUUACACCUGUGAGGCUGGGAGUUCAAGCGGUUUCAUGGAUUUCUGGAAAAGUAGAAACGAACCGCAUAGGGUUGCCUACUUCGCCUUCAUCACUAGAUGUUCAGAACCGAGUUUUGCAGGCGGCUGCAAAGCAUGAAUCUCAACCAUCGGAUUCUGGAAGUAUCCAAGAUCCAUCUGUUCCUGAGCCAUCACUUCCUCUCAAUGAGAAUGCAUGAGUUUAUACGGACGGAUGGUCAUGUGCUAACGUGAGAAGAGGGAUAGUCACAGCAAGUUAACUUCCAUGACUAAUAUUUUGCGACUUGACAUUGUACGACCUUUGUAAGCAUCUUUUAAGGUGAUUCUGUACAAUUCAUUGGAUGGAUAAACAAGUUCUCUGCAAUGUAUUAUGUAUUUACCACUUAAAGCACUAGCUAGCACACCCUAUACGGUGGAGAACUAUAAUUACAUGACAAUCUCGUGUUUAGAGUGAGAAGAAGGGAAAGUUCAACUUAUUCAUU